AUGUCGCGCGUCACUAUUUUCAAGAACUGUCGAGCUUUUUGCCCAGAAAAUGGCCUUUCUGAUGAUGAGUUCUUAGGCUGCUUUGUGGUUAAAGGCAACAAAUUCACCCAUGUCGGAUACGACACAGAUGAGGAAGUUCAAGCUGCAAAGCUUCAAGGUGCUCAAAUCAUUGAUCUUAAGAACCAAGUGGUCGUUCCCGGGUUUAUUGACAGUCACACGCACUUUCUGCUCUUUGGACUGGCCCUACAAAAGUUAGACCUGAGCGGCUGCAAAUGCUUCCAGGAUAUCGAAAGAGCCAUCAUUGGCUAUGCUAAGGAACACCCAGAGCUUCCUCGGAUCCUUUGUCGUGGUUGGCAUCAGCCCUCAACAAACAGCGAAGCAUUUGCCAGUAUGAUAGAUCAUAUUGAUGCUCGACCUAUUUUUAUCGAAGCGUUGGACCUUCAUUCAACGUGGUGUAACACCCGUGCGUUAAAAGAGAUGGGCGUUGAAACCAUUCCAGAUCCACCUGGAGGAAAGAUCCAUCGAACUGAGGAUGGAUCACCCUCAGGACUAAUGGAAGAGAGCGCUCAAACUGGAAUUGUCUGGCCACAUCUGAUGAAUAUCAGCACUGUGGAAGAAAGAUUGACGGCUUUAAAGGAUGCUUUAGCGGCGUAUCUAGAGUCCGGUUACACUGGCCUGGUCGAUAUGGCCAUGGAUAGCACUGCGUGGGAGGCAUUAAGGCUCUUGCGAGAAAGCCAGCAUGUUCCUAUACAUGUUGCUGCUCAUUGGUACAUUCCCUUCACCGACGACAAAGAUGAGCUAUCAGAGUACAUUGACGAAGCGAUCGCCAAGCAUUCCGAAUUCCACCCAACUACCUCUCCGGAGUUCUGUGUAGUUGGCAUCAAAAUAAUCGCUGAUGGGGUAGUGGACGGCUGUACAGCUGCUCUAAGUCACCCAUAUUCCGGCGUUAGCCCUGGAACGGUUGAUCCAAUUUGGCCCUUGGAAAGUAUGAAAUGGGUGGUAAAGCGAGCCGCAGAUGCUGGUCUGCAGGUUGCAAUCCAUGCCAUUGGUGACGUCACAAUAAAAAACGCAAUCGACAGCAUCGAAGCUGCUUCCAGCCCUCGGGGACGACAUCGCAUUGAGCACCUGGAGCUCGCUUCGGUGGUUGAUGCGAAACGACUUGGAGAACUCGGCAUUACCGCAUCCAUUCAGCCAGUCCAUUCCGAUCCGGUAUUGACUAAGGCUUAUCCCAAGAUUCUUCAGCCUCGCUUGUGGGAUCGAGUGUUCCCAUAUCGCGAAUAUCUUGACGGACAUGCCUGUGUUGCGAUCGGGACGGACGCGCCGACUGCGAAACACCUUCCAUUGCCAAACCUUUACAAUGCUACAACACGGAAGUCAGCUUUGGAUCCGAGCUCAUCUCAGACGACCAACCCUGUCGGUGCUAUUUCGCUGAUUCAGGCUGCAAUUGCAGCAACCUCAGGAGCGGCAUAUUCCCGGUUUGCUGAAGGGUGGACUGGGAGCAUAGCUAAAGGCCAUCGGGCGGAUUUUGUGGUGCUAGAGACUGAGUGGACGUCUGAAACAUUGCUUAACACUAUUGUCCAGCAGACAUGGGCCUUGGGAGAAAAGGUCUUUGAUCAGAGAAUGGCAAGGUAG